CAGAAAGGCAGCAGGGGAGGCUUAGUUGUUGUGGGCCCACAGGCCUGGGCAGCCGAGAUGGAGGUGUCCCACGAUGACUCCUUCAGCUGCUACUUCUCCUGCUGCUUGGUCCCCUGGUUCCUCCUUGGCGGCAGCGUCAUCCUGUCCCUCCUCGUCUGCUUCUCCCGGAAGAUUCUGCAGGGGAGGCUUCUUCCGGAGAGGAGAGCCUGUCCGCUGUCUGCAGGUGCCUGGCCCAAGUCGCCACGGGUGGGUAUCUGCGUCUGAGGCGAAAUGCAGCCAGGACUUUCAUGCAACACAGGCGCACAACACUAUUGCCACAUCUGCAAGAACUGACCUGGUUUAGGAACUCUGGUUCUGCACCUGAGCAUGUGCAGAAAGGGAGGAAGGAGAGUCAAGGCUUUGGUGGCUCCUUAAUGAGUCUGGUAGCAAGUGCAAAAGCUCCUUAAAGUGCCCUUUGCUCAGUCUGGGUGAAGGAUGCUUUGGGAGAAGAUGGGGAGCAGCUGCUUCCACGUUUAAGCUCGCCGGAGAAUCCCUCCUUUUCCUCAACCAGGUGCCCUCCAGCUGUUUUGGACUCCAAUUCCCAUCAGCCUCAGCAUCAUAUGGCCACACUGGCUGGAUCAGGCCAAAGGCAGGAUUUGGACACAGCAACUGGGAUUCAAGAGUUUUUAUUGUCUCCAACUGUGGAGGCAGAGCAGAGCCAUUAUGUUUCUAAUGUAUAUACAAACUCAUUGUGAACAGGUUAAAACAUUAGCAGGAUUCUAUAUACACUUGUAGGGACGCGGAUGGCGCUGUGGGUUAAACCACUGAGCCUAGGACUUGCCGAUCAGAAGGUCGGCAGUUUGAAUCCCUGCGAUGGGGUGAGCUCCCGUUGUUCAGUCCCUGCUCCUGCCAACCUAUCAGUUCAGAAGCACGUCAAAGUGCAAGUAGAUAAAUAGGUACCACUCCGGCGGGAAGGUAAACGGCGUUUCCGUGCACUGCUCUGGUUCGCCAGAAGCGGCUUAGUCCUGCUGGCCACAUGACCCGGAAGCUGUACGCCGGCUCCCUCGGCCAGUAAAGCGAGAUGAGUGCCGCAACCCCAGAGUCAGCCAGGACUGGACCUAAUGGUCAGGGGUCCCUUUACCUUUACCUUAUAUACACUUGUAAUGUUAUAGGAUGUAGAGAUAACUUAGGAAGACGAAAGAUUGGAGAAGUAUUGAUAUGCAGUUGAAAACAGAAUUAAGAGGACCCACGGAUGGGAUGGGGGGGGGGAGUUAGGAAAUUCAGAGUAAUCUCGAUAUGUGGAAUAUGUAUGAUCUUUUGAUGUAAGUUUAUCCUUUCUCCUACUUUUCUUUUUCUAUAUUUUCUUUAUGUUUGAAAUUAAAUUUAAAAAUUAACAAAGGCUCUUUUCCUUCCUUUGAGUAACUCUUCUCCCUCGUCUCUUCCUGACAGGCUUAUCCCACGAGCAGAGACCGGCCCCAGGCAACUGUAAAAAAGGCGAAAGGUAAUGCAGGGCGGGUGGUCCUGGGGGCACCCCGAGAUCCCAGCUCCCCCAAAUUGGUAUCAGCACCACCAGGUGGUCUUGUUAGGAACCCGUUUUGGAAGCAGGGCUGUGAAAUCCAAACUCCCCUUAGCUCAGCCAAGCUCUUUUCCUGCUCCUCUUCCUACAACUGCUGUGGCUUUCCUGUAACCUUCCCAACCAGCAGUCGGGCCAGAUCCUGACACUAAUGGUGCCCCCAAGGCCCAACUCCUGCGUGCCCCAAAAUUCUCCUCCCCCAACGUCCUUUCUCCUCUCUGUUCCCUGGAGUGGGUGCUUGUGAGGGUUUGGAGGAGGAGGAAAAGAGGCUGUCAGCAACAGCAGGUGCCUCUCAGCCAGGUGGGUCUCCAUCCCACACAUUCCAUAGCAUGCCCUGGAAGGGAGAUGUACCAAGAAAAAAGCACACCAAGAACUCUGGCCAACAUAAGUUUCAGUUGUGGGAGUGGUCCCUACUCGCAAAUCAAUAGUCACUUGUAACAAAAACUAAUGCAUUCAUAAGUAUGUAUUCUGCCAAGGAUUACAAACUCAAAUGGACUAACAUGAAUUUACUGGUUUCUGAUCCAUAAUUGACUUCUGAGUUCUGCUCAAUGAUUGAAACUAAGACCUUCACAUCUCUACUCAUAAACUCUUAUCUCUAAUUCUAUAACUAAUUACAGUGGUGCCUCGCAAGACGAAAUUAAUUCGUUCCGCAAGUUUUUUCUUCUUGCGAGUUUUUCGUCUUGCGAUGCACGGUUUCCCAUAGGAAUGCAUUGAAAAUCAAUUAAUGCGUUCCUAGGGAAACCGACUUCAGACCAGGUCCGGGGACAGUCUGUCCCCUGACCUCUUCUGAAGGCUGGGGGGGACAAGGGCUUUUCUUCCCACCCCCAGCAUUUUAAAAACCCGGGACAGCGGAGAGCUUCUCCGCUGUCCGGGGCGAUCUUAAAAUGCUGGCGGGCGGCAUUUAAAAUUGUCCCGGGACAGCGGAGGACUUCUCCGCUGUCCGGGGCAAUUCAAAGCCCCUGGGAAGGCAGGCAGGGGGACAAAGACUUUGCCCCCGCCAGCCUUCAGAAGAGGUCCUGGACCUCUUCUGAAGGCUGGCGGGGGCGAAAGUCUUUGUCCCCCCACCUGCCUUCAAAAGCUGUCCAGCCAAGGCUCGCGGACCUCUCCGCAAGCAGCGGCAGCACUGCCGCUGCUUGCGGAGAGUUGCCGGCAUGCCGAGCCUGCGCGCGCUGAGAUCAGCGCGCCCAGGCUCCGCGGACCUCUCCGCGAGCAGCGGCAGCGCUGCCGCUGCUCGCGGAGAGCUGCCGGCAUGCCGAGCCUGCGCGCGCUGAGAUCAGCGCGCCCAGGCUUCGCGGACCUCUCCGCGAGCAGCGGCAGCGCUGCCGCUGCUCGCGGAGAGUUGCCGGCAUGCCGAAGCCUGCGCGCGCUGAGAUCAGCGCGCCCAGGCUCCGCGGACCUCUCCGCGAGCAGCGGCAGCGCUGCACGCUGCUCGCGGAGAGUUGCCGGCAUGCCGAAGCCUGCGCGCGCUGAGAUCAGCGCGCCCAGGCCUCGCGGACCUCUCCGCGAGCAGCGGCAGCGCUGCCGCUGCUCGCGGAGAGUUGCCGGCAUGCCGAAGCCUGCGCGCGCUGAGAUCAGCGCGCCCAGGCUCGCGGACCUCUCCGCGAGCAGCGGCAGCGCUGACCGCUGCUCGCGGAGAGUUGCCGGCAUGCCGAAGCCUGCGCGCGCUGAGAUCAGCGCGCCCAGGCUUCGCGGACCUCUCCGCGAGCAGCGGCAGCGCUGCCGCUGCUCGCGGAGAGCCGCCGGCAUGCCGGAAGCCUGCGCGCGCUGAGAUCAGCGCGCCCAGGCUUCGCGGACCUCUCCGCGAGCAGCGGUCAGCGCUGCCGCUGCUCGCGGAGAGCUGCCGGCAUGCCGGAGCCUGCGCGCGCUGAGAUCAGCGCGCCCAGGCUUCGCGGACUGAGAUUUCCCUAUGGGCUUCGUCUUGCGAAGCAAGCCCAUAGGGAAAUUCGUUUUGCGAAGCGCCUCCAAAACGGAAAACCCUUUCGUCUAGCGGGUUUUUCGUCUUGCGAGGCGUUCGUCUUGCGGGGCACCACUGUAUUGUGUUAUACAUAUCCUUAUGAGUUUGUAAUCUCUAUUUGAGUUUGUAAUCCUUGUCAGAAUACAGACUUAUGAAUGGAUUAGUUUUUGUUACAACUGACUAUUGAUUUGCGAGCAGGGACCACUCCCACUACUGAAACUUAUAUUGACCCGAGUUCUUGGUGUGCUUUUUUCCUGGAAGGGAGAUGGGCAACUUGCCGGUCAGAGUUCUGCCUCCUACUUUCAUCAGAGAAGGCAGUGCGAUGGAUUUCUUCAAUAAACACACAGUUGUGAUGUUUGGGGUGACUAUUUGGUCCGAGCAGCAGUGGCCGCUGGGAACCCACAAGAGUCUCCCGGCCUCUAAAUCACACAGGCUUAUCCAGAGGCAUUCCCUCGCCUUAAUUUUACACUUGCUGAAAAAUCAAGUCACAUUCUCAGAAGGAAAAGCGUGCUGGCACUGUCAGAGCUGGAUGUCUGAUUCAGUGAGAGAACAGCGUGUCUGCUCCCUCUCAGGAUAGCUCAAGGCUGAGCUUUUCCUGCACAAAGAUCCUUGACACGUUCUUAAUACCAUCUCCCAACAAUAUCCUUUCACGCUCCCUUUGACAGUCUUUGCAUGUUGGUUCCCUAUGGAAGCCUGUGAUAUCAUUCCCACUCCAACAGCUCGCCCUCUUCUCCUCCGCAGACCUCCAAGGACAGGCGCAGGAUGGCCCCUCACCCAGGACCCCUCGCCAGGACCCCAUCCGCCACCUGCUGUGCGCCGACCCCGCCUGCACCCUCUGCGACAGGGUGGCUGUGCAGGCCAGACGGCUGGCGUACCCCAGAGGACGGGGCCUCCCACCUUCGCCAGCGCCGCUGGACCCCAACACCUCGUGCCUGGAGUACUCCAGCUGCCUAGACGUGUCCAAAUCGCCCGCUUCUGUCACUUUGCUCAGGAGCGACAGCGAGCCUGGCCCUGCCGGCAACCUCUCCCUUUCCACUCCGGGAGCACCUCUUGCACCCUGCACGGGUCCUCACCAGCUCAGGACCCCGAAGAAGCAGAGGGCGGCGAAGAAGGCUAAGCAGGAGGGUCUCAGGGGCCUGGAGGAAUGCGUGUGCUGCUCUGACGACUGGGUGGAAGAACAGGCCGCCCUCAGCACCUCCACCUUCACCUUCUCGGAGAUCUCCUUCACCAGCAGGACAGAUUACAGCUCCUCUUCUGCUCGGUCCAGGACAUCCCUCGAAGUCACCCUCCGGCAAGUCUCUGAAUGUUCGCUGAGGAUCGAGAGCAGCACAUCUUCCAGGGUAUGGGGAGAGCCUGUGGAGGAGGAAGCCUUUGUCAGGAAGAGGAAAUCCCCAGGGACCAGCCCCUCCAGAGGACGUCCCAAGAAACGAGGGCGCAGCAGGGAGAAAGGGUCUCCUGUUUUUUGUAGGAAACGGGGGUCUCUGAGGGCAGAGUUUGCUCCCACAGACACUCCCUUCCUGACGGAGGCUGCCCGGGCAAUCUUGGAGUGGCAUGUGCUUUGGAAGCGAGCCCAGCAUGCCCUGGGGCUGCCCCAGUCCCUCCUGCGCUCUCUCCGGGCCUUCAUGCCCGCUGCUCCAGGUUCUGCCCCUCGAAAGGCCACGGGGGAGGUUGUGGCUGUGACCCAGCCUCAGGCGCCCUCCUUUCUGAGCGAGGACUCCAGGGCAGGACUCGAGAAGCACCUCCAGAAGAUGGUGCGCCUCAAGCGCUGGGGGCUGCCGCAGAGGGUGCGGGAGGCCCUGCAACACAUGCACCCAGCCGCACCACGGAAAGUGCUCCGGAGCGAGGGCCGAGGGCUUGCGAGUUCAGGGGCCGGAGGAGCACAGCAGCAAGCCAGGGCCGUGAGCUUCAGACCCGCUGGUGCCUCUCCAGUGAAGCUCCCUCCGCCUGCCCAGAAGAUGCCCGCCUCCCUGCUGAAGCCAUUCCCCCUGGGCUGGAAGUACCUGCAGCCAACAAGCCAUCUCCACCCGCAGGCGGAAGCAGAGAGGGUGGCGCUUGCUCCUGAGCGGGCCCGUCUCCAGGUGGCUCUCCCUCCUCGCCACGGAGCCCCCAGGCUGCAGCCUCCUGCCCCACCUCUCCCUGCUCUGGAGUUUGUGGCGUCCUCUGCCUUGGACGGCCUGGAGACCCACGCCCUCCGGAAGAGGCUCCAGCACCAGUGGGGCCUCCCUGGCCUCCUCCAGAGGUCCCUGCAGCGCUUCCUCCCGGCUCCUCCGCCCCGGCCACCAACCCAUUGCCUCCUCGUCCCGCGGGGCUCCCAGCAAGUGCGCCCUGCCAUCGGGCAGCUGCCCUGCAUCCCGCCAGAGACCAAGAAGCUGCUGGAAAGCCACCUCAAGAGAGUGGUGAUAGAGAGGCGCUGGGGCCUCCCCAGGCGGGUCUUGGAGUCCCUCCAGCACUUCCGGGCCCCCUCUCCCCCGCCGACAAUAAAGCCCAGGGACAGGGAGAAGGUCUCUUGGCCCCAGGGAGUGAAGCGGCUUCCACCCCAAAAGCUACCCACCCUGCCAGAGAGGGGAGCCAACUCCUCCCCAGAGACCCGCUGGGAUGCCAAGCAUCAGGCCUUGCAGCGGCAAGUGGCCAAGAAAGCCCUGGAGACGCAACUGGGCCUCUUUUCGCCCGUGGUGCGUCUGUCGCAAGAACUCAGCCGCCGAGUGGGCAGAGAGGCCCUUCCCAGGGUCCUGCUGCGGGGGCUGAGACCUCUCCGGCCGAGAUCGCAGGCCUUCCCCUUCCUGGAGGAGUCUGCGCUGCAGUCGAUUGAACUGAACCUCGUCCGGAAACAGCUGGCCUACCGUUGGGGGCUGCCCACCCUCUACAGGAGGUCCGUGGCCCUCCUGGUCCCCGGCCCUCCCCUCUCACCCACGGCCGGCACAACCACAGCCAGGUUCGCCGCAGCAGAGACCCUCUUUGUUGGCACUGAGGUCCGGGGAGAGCUGGAGUGGCACGUCAGGAGGAAGCAGGUGCAGCACACCUGGGGGGUGCCUGGCCUGGUCCAGCGCUCCCUCCGCAACCUUCUCCUCGCCACCCCCCAGCUGUGCCGCCAGAGGCUUGGGCAGGGGACUGUGACCAUCCUCCAGGAGAGGCCCUUGUUCCUCCGCAAGGAAACCCGGCAUAAACUGGAGCUGAAUGUGCGGAAAAGGGUCGUUCUCCAGCGGUGGGGGCUGCCCAAGUUGGUACUGGAGUCCCUGCGCUUCCUCUUUCCAGAGAUGCGGCUCCAGCCCCCCAGGAAGGAAGCACCAAAAUCUCCCCUGGCUCUGCCUGAGGGACGCAGCCCCAGCGACCGCGACAGAGGAGGCUACCUGGGGGCUUUGGCUAGUGCCAUGGCGACUCCCCGGAAGGCUCACCUGGUGGUCUUGAACCACCAGAAGAUGGAGCAGCAUGUGGCAAAGAGGUCCGUGGAGGUGCUCUUGGGGGUCUUCCCUCCCGUGGCCCAGCUCUCGUGGCGCCUCGCCUCGCUUUCCACGAGGCCGUUGCUCCCCUGGCUAAUACGUCCCGGCCAAGGUGCCCUUCGACCUCGCAGCAGCAGCUUCCUUCCUUUCGUCCGCCCAGAGGAGGUGGGUCAGAUUGAGCUAGCCGUUUGCCGGAGCCACCUGGCCUCCCUCUGGGGUCUGGGGGUGCGCUACACGGAGGUGCUGCGGGUGGUGCUCUGUGGGCCACCCGCUCGGCCUCUCGCCCCCCAGCAGAUGGGCCAGGAGUUCUUGGAGGCCCAGACACCAUUCCUGGCCCAGUCGGACAGAGGCGUCCUGGAGCUGUGCGUCAGGAAGAGACGGCUGCAGCACCAGUGGGGGUUGCCUGCUCUCAUCCAGAGGUCCCUGAGGGCCUUCAUGCAAGGCUCUCCCCUCCUGCCUCUCCUGCUGACUGGCCGUAGGGCCAGGAUCCAAGUGGUUGUCCUGGAGCAGGAGCUGCUCUUCCUCCCGGGGACGACCCGUAACCACCUGGAGCUCCACCUGCAGAAGAUGAAGCUGCAGCGGCAGUGGGGGCUUCCCAGAAGAGUCCUGCAGUCCUUGAAGAUCUUUGCCCCUUCGGGUCUUCUGGGCGAGGUGGGGAGGGGCAGGCCUUGGACACAGAGGCCCCCACAGCCCCCUCUGGAACAGCUGGUGCCCGUAGGAGCCGUGGCCUUCCCCCAGGGGAGCCGGGGCCAGUUUGACAUACAGGAAAAGGCCGAGGAGGAGGAGAAGAUCCAACAAGAGGAGGAGCAGGAGAGCGGGGAAGGGUCCUUGAGCGGGAAAGAGGUCGCAGAUAAAUGCAGCAGCAGCAGCAGCCCAGAGAGCUGGCACGACACAGAAGAGGCUCCAACGUCCCACGAGGAAUGUGCCGAAUAUGCUGCAUCUGGCCCAGCCUCCUGCGCCCACCAGGUUGGCAAGGGAAGCAGGACAUGCCAGGCGCUAGAGCAAAAAGUCCUUGAUGGGGACCGGGCUCUGCGGAGGACCCAGCCCAGAAGUGAAGGCAAAGGAGAGCAAGGAGGCCCACCUCAGUUCCUGCCCAUGGGAGAAGGCAUCUUCUUGGGCCGCCACAGGGACACUGACAAGAACCUGUCCCUGCUUGGCUCCAUCGUGGAGAAGAAGCUGGGCUUACAGCAGGGGAUCCACAUCUGGCUGGAUGACCAGGGAAGGCAGACGGAGGAGAGCCUGCCACGGGGCCACCAGGGGCCUGGCCUUCAUGAGGACCAGAGGCAUGCAAAGGAAAUUGGAGCUCAACAUCACUGGGGUGCCAUAAGCUAUGCAGGAGAAGCCAUCACUAUGAAGUGGGAAGAAACCCAGUGUUGCUUUAGUCAAGUAGCAGACUCUGCAGGGCAGGCAGGUGAGGAGACUCAAGGCCUGGGUUCAGCCCCCACCCCCAAAGUGCAGCUGCUCCAGGCAGGCAGGAUGGAGUCCCGUGUCAGGCUUGAAGAAUCUUCUGUAAGGGCAGCUUCAUGGAUGCCCUCGGAAAUGGGCAGAGGGAGGAGUGGGGCGAGAGGCACAAGGCCCACAACAAGGGGGGAAGGGAGAGGCACACUCAGUCAAGAUGGGCUGCUUGGAAGUGGAGGACAGAGAUGGAGCAGCAAGGAGCAGAGAUGGAGGAGCAAAGAGCAGAGAUCUAGUAGCAGGGAGCAGAGAUCGAGCAGCAGGGAGAAGAGAUCGAGCAGCAGGGAGAAGAGAUCGAGCAGCAGGGAGAAGAGAUCGAGCAGCAAGGAGCAGAGAUGGAGGAGCAAAGAGCAGAGAUCUAGUAGCAGGGAGCAGAGACUGAGCAGCAGGGAGAAGAGAUCGAGCAGCAAAGAGCAGAGAUCGAGCAGCAGAAGUUCAAGCAUUAAGGAACGGAGGUCGAGCAGCAGGGAGCAGAGAUGGAAGAGCAAGGAGCAGAGAUGGAAGAGCAAGGAGCAGAGAUCGAGCAGCAAGGAGCAGAAGUGUAGCAGCAAGGAACGUAAGCUGAGCACAAGUGACCAGAAAUCAAGCAGCAGAAAAAAGAGAUCAAAAAUUGGGGCCUGGAUAUUCUGUGGCAGAAAACAGAAAUCCGAGGGCAGGGCCCAAAAUUCAAGCAAGCGGCGAGGAAGGUCUCGGAGCCAAGUGCAGAGCAAAGGAGGGCGCAGAGGCAACCAUUUGCCAAGAGCCCAACCAUAGCAGCACUGAAGGACCCAGAAUUUAUUUAUUUACUGACAUAGUUACGUUUUAUAUUCACGAGAGACCUCAUUAAGUAAAUUCUCUAGGCACCAAACAAAAUAAAAAGAGAAUAAGAAUCUGA